CGUCAUGUCCACCAAGACUCGUGGUAUCAAGCGACCGGGCCCGUCCAGCAAUGACAGGGCAAAGUUCAAGUCUGCAAGAUUCAACAAGCCAUCGAGAGCUCAGAAGCCGAGUAUCAAGUCCGAGAAGUCUCCUGAACAUGCAGCCCCACAACGCAAGCGGCCCAUCACUCAGCAGGGGAUGGGCGAUGAACCAGACGAGGAGGACGUAGAGUCGGACGGAAUGGAUGUAGACUCUUUGGAUGAAAAGCCAGACGAGCUUACGAAAGACGAACCCCCCGCAGAGAAAAAGGUCAGAAUGACAAAAGCCGAAAGAGCCGCUCUGCAUGCUGCUCAGCCUCACCGAACAACCUUACUCCCUUCUUAUCCCCUCCUCCAAGACACUCUACUACCUUUGUGGGAAAAGGCAAGACGGUCAGACCUCGCAAAAGAAGAACGCAAGACAACCAUCGCCGAGCUGUGGACAGCCGCACAAGGACGAGUGGGGGAAAUCUUCAGGAGUCAUAAAGGGGCUCGGAUCCUGCAAACGAUUGUCAAACACGGCGGGAAAGACGAGCGUCUUGGUGUCGCUAUGGAACUUCAACCCCAAUGGAGAGCAAUGAUGGAGUCCAAGUACUCAAAAUUCCUCAUUGGCAAACUCAUCAGAUUUUGCCCUACUAUUCGACCACUUCUCAUACAAGCCAUAUCCCCCGAUCUUCUCCGCCUCCUGUCCCACGCAGAGGCCGUGCAGCCAUUGGCAGAUCUCUACGAUUUGUACGCUACCGGUAAAGAGCGUAAGCUCCUCAUCCGAGGAUUUUACCCCAAGGAAGUCAUCAUCUUUGACGAUAGCAAAGAUGAGAUCAAGGGUCUGGAAGAGGUGCUCUCCACUAUGGGAGAGGGAACAGGAAAGGAAAGAGUACUCGAUGCGGUCGGAAAGACAGUUGUGGACGUCUUCAACUCCACUCAGAAGAAAGCUUUGACUCAGCAGAUCUUCCACCGCUUGGUUCUGGAAUAUCUCACAUGCAUCUAUCGGUUUCUGGAAACCGAGAUUGCUGAGACGAAGAUGCAUGAGCUGCUGUCUGCUGCUUUGGAAAGCUUGCCGGAAAUCAUUCAUACGAAGGACGGAUCGUCUGUCGUGCGAUUCCUUAUCGUCCGAGGUCAUGCCAAAGAACGCAAACAGACACUGCAGCAACUUCGAAAGCACACAGAGGCCAUCUGCAAAGAUGCAGAAGCUCAAUUAGUCUUGUUCACCGCCUUUGACUGUGUCGACGACACCAAACUCAUGGGCAAAACUUUCAUCUCGGAUAUCACGACCCUUUCUCACACCCUCGCUUUUGACAAAACCGGCCGUCGAGCCAUGCUUUAUCUCCUAGCACCUACAUCAACGAGACACAAUAUACCGGCUGUACUUCAAUCUCUCCAAGUAUCCGCCACCCAAGCUACAGAGUUCGCAACGAGUAAGAAGGAUCCUAUCCUACGGCGAGAAGAGAUCCGGGCGUAUGCCAGUGAAGGACUGUUGAAAGCCGUAGAAGAGAAGGGCCCAGAGAUGGUUAGAGAUCCAGGCGCGGGUUUGGUUGUACAAGAAAUUAUGUUGUCAACUAUGGGUGAUAAGAGUCAAGCCAUCAAGGCCCUCAUUAAACCCAUCUGCGGACCGUAUACAGUUUCCACUGGAUAUCACAUUCUCGACUUACCCCACGCCAGUCGAACAUACAAGACCAUGCUGUCAGGAGGUCACUUCAACUCUAAGUUGUCCGCUGUAGAAGUCGUCGAUCAAAAGCUCCGAUCAGACUUCAGUCAAGCCUUUUGGCAAGCCAUCACAUCGUCGGAAGCAGGAGGCGAGACAAACGUGGUCGAAUUGGCCAAGGGCUCCCCGUUUAUUGUUUUGGAAAUGAUUGGGGGACUUGAGGAUGCCGGGAGACUACAAGAUGUGAAGUCGGUUCUGGGAAGCAAAGAUGUCAGACAGGCAAUAGAGGCGGAAGGGCAAAAAGGAGCGACAUUACUUGUUGAGAAAUUGGCCAUUCUGUGAAAUGUUUCUUCGACACCAUCUCGAAAAUGUACAUGACCGACACGUAUCCAUCUCAAUGUGACCAGCUUAACCUG